AUGUCUGGUUUGAAUAUAAACUUCCAUAGAAGUGAGCUUUCCCUUUUGGGGAGGCUAAAAAUAAGGCUGAUAAUUACAGUAAAAUCACCAAUGAAAUAUCUAGCCCAGAAAGCGCAAAGUCUCUCCUCCUCUGACCUCCCACACCCACAGAUCCCUCCCGGACAGAAACACAGCACGGCCGACCACCCUCCGCCGCCGCUCCGCCGCCAGGGCUCUGCCGUUAAAUCGUCGGCGGGGCCUGAGCCGGGUCCGCGGCCGCCGAGGACGGCCUUCGCGGAGAGCGCGAAGAAGGUUGACGCCCUCAAGGCCGAGCUCGCCGCCAAGUCCUCCCGCAUCGCCGGCCUGGAGGCUAGGGUCUCGCUACUCGAAGCCGAGAACGCGGGCUUGAGGAAGGCCGUGUCUGAGGGAGGCUUUGGUCGAUUGGAGGCGGGUCUCGGCGGAAGCAAGCAAAAAACAGCCGACAUCGCGGGAGGGCAUGUGAUGAAUCAUGUCAUAGAGGUUAGUGACGGCGAGGAAGAUGAGAUGGCUGUUGAUGUCAACGUGAUUCUGGAUGACGAUGAUGUUCUCAUCACGCCGCGAGGCAACAAGUGCGUAGCGGCGGCACGCGUGAUCAGUGACAGCGAGAGUGAGGACGGGGAUGAGAAUGGUCAAGGGCAUAGAGAUGGGGAUGUGGGUGUUACAAGCAGCAGGAAGCGUGCGUGGCGUGGAGUCGGUGACAGUGAGAGUGAGGAUGGCAGUGAGGGUGCUCGUGUGGUUAAUCAAAAACCUGGUUCACCUCUAGUUACAACAGGGAUCGAGAGUGAGGUUGACGAUGUUGAAUUAUACGGAACCGAGGGGUGUUCUACUCCUGGAACAAGGCCCUCAGCUCGGUUAACUAACAGCCAGUCAAAGAGAAUGCGACCUACACGUCGGGAGCUUGAGUUUUUUGAACCCAACAAUCAUGAAGAGAGUGAGGAUGAUUCAGAAGAGGAUGGUAGUAUGGAAGAUUUUAUAGAUGAUUCAGAAAAUUUUGCUGAUUCUGUUGAAGAAUCCUCUGCUGGACCAGAAGAGUCUGGCAAUGAGGACACUUAUGAAGAUGUUAUAGCUAGGAUACGCGGCAAAAGGAAUGCCAAGAGUAAGGAUUGGGAGAUUGAGGCAGAGAUGCUAUCAGCAUUUGGUGAACACCCUGAACUUUGCCUGAAAGCUGUUUGUGCCCUCUAUCGAAAGCAGACCGAAGAAGAACAGGCAGAAAAAGCCACUAUCCUUCACAACAAAAAAGGAUUUAGCCAGAUAGAUGCCCGAAGGGGUUCUCAUAUAGCACAGUUUCUUCUGGAUGGUGAUGCUGCUGGGCCGCUUAAGAAGACCGUACAGGACUUGGAGAAGUACAAUCGGCAUGCUCUCAAGUUCUGUCACAAGAUAGCUUUACGUUACUCGAAGCAGUUGUUUGCAAUAUAUCAGAAGAAGGAAGACCCCUACUUUCCAUGACUCUGGUGUUAGUUAUCACCAACUUCAUAUGUUGACCUUUCUGUGACCUUUGUGCCUGCUCCCCGAUCAGUCAGCCCGAGUCUUUUGUAUAUAUAUGGGUUUAGUUUGGUGUCUUCUUAAGUACUCCCUCCGUCCGAAAAAACUUGUCUCUCAAAUAGAUGUAUCUAGCAUCAAGUAAGUGCUAGAUGCAUCCAUUUGAGGGACAAGCUUGGGACAAGUCUUUUCGGACGGAGGGAGUAGUCUGUAGUUAAGGCAUGCUAAAGUUAGUUUAUCGCUAGGAUGCACGCUGUUAAGUUAAGCACGAUGUCUGACAGGGCCUAUGUUGUUUAACUGAAGUUCUUGUGCUCCCUGUAAUAUCCCUGCCUAGUAAAUCUAUCCAAUGAGCUGUUGUUUGUUCA